GACAUCGACCGAUCGUUUCGCCUUGGCGCGCGAAAUUCCACAGCUUUGAGCCAGGCGAUCGGAAUUUCAUCAUCGUGCGGACGCGUCACGGCGACGCGGUGGCGCGUUUUCGGGGAUUUAACCCGGGGACCGACGAUCUUACAUAUUGAGGUCCGCGCGUUGCGUGCCACAACUGCUUAAACGACAUUACGGUACUCGCGAACGCGCAGCACGUCUCUUGUGCCAUACUCGGCCGCGCAUGUUUCGAUACGCGUCGAAAUGCUACGAAGUUACGAUUAAAUAGCGGUACUGCAUUGACUCACAUCAGUAGGGGAGUGAGGUGAGGUGUCGGGUUUCUCAUCGGCAUUUGGGACACCUUUAGAAUAAUUUUUUACUGCGUACGCGAAACAAAAGAAUUUCAACAAGUGUAUUCUUCUUUUUGAGAAUUCUAAAAGAAGCGAGAAAUUGUUUUUAUUUUUAUAAAUUUAUAUUUAAAAUUGAAUUGAGCGCGGAUUAGAUACGCAGACUAUUAUUCGCUUGUACACGUUUAUCUAGGUAAACGUCAUAAAUUUCAUAAAUGUUUAGUAUUUCUAUAUAUCGGAGGUAUGCGUCUUGCGUAAUAAAAUGGAAAAUAAAAUGAGCUCCGGUGUUUUCACGCGUAAAGUGUUACGCCGACGAGAGAGAAUUUCUCGAUUGAGGAUUGCCCAUUCUAUUUUUUCUUCAUUAAAUAUGCAGCUACGAAUACGAGUUCCGCUGCGCGAAAGAGCGUUUGUGAAAGCCAAUUCGGCCAUCGGUCGCCAGCCGAUACGUUUUAAUAACAACACUUUCACGAUGCCCGGAGCUCGUAGUAAAUCAAGCGCGCUCCACCUGCGCUAUCGCACCGUUGAAUCCCAUUUAUCCACUUUCGCAUAAUUUUUUUGCGCUCUUGAGAGAGGCGUAGCUCGUUUCCUGACUUUUUACAUCUCUCUCAAGUAGAAUAUCUACGAUUGAUUUCCGUAAUUGGGACAAGGCAGACACACAUUCUUCAAAUUAUUUUAUAAUUUGAGACAAUCAGGACAUUGAGCUAAAUAAUAAAUAGAUAAACGAUUUUUUAAAUAAUUCGUACAAUAUCGACUCAAAAAGUCCACAAAUUGUCAAGCUUUUCAACUAUCGAUAGCUUGAUCUAUCGACGUUGAUACUUCAGAAUUGAUAAAGUUAAGAUUAAUGUUCGUCAGUGCUAAAGUAAUUACGGCGCGAAUUCUAUGGAAUCCGAGUAUGCCUGCUUCAAAAUACGUCAUAAAUCCGGAGUCCAUUAUGCGAAAUGGACAGCGGGACCGAAGGGGUGAACGUCGGAGAAAAUAGCGAAAUGGCGCGCGCGCGAGGCUCUCGGGCGCGAGAAUCAGCUGAAAUGACGUCACGUCACGAAGCCGGAUUUAAGCUACGCCCACCAGCGUGCACAUCCAGUGUGCGGCGUGCAUAAUGCACGUUGCGUGUACGCGCGUUGCGGAUUACGUUAUGCACCACACAUCCCCGUCGAAUAUGCGCGUAAAUCACGACGGUGGAAAUUUUUUCUCACCCUCGGCCAGCCGAGGGGCUUCGCCGUUAUCGGCGGCGCGUCGGCAGAAUGUCGUAGCAGCGGCUGAUAGCAACGUCCGAUGUCGACAUCAGAUUUUCACGCGCCUCGAACUUCAAUCUUAUCCUUUCGGCUUACGCCGCUAUCGCACGCGUACGUUAGAUGCCCGCUCUACGUGCACGUGCAUCAUCCACUUGCAUGGUCGAGAAAACGCGUCGCGAUAUCCGUUUACGCCGUGCCGGCAUGAAGCUCGUUUAUUUAUGAAAAAUAGGAGACUGAGAUGUUUAAAGUAAUAAAAGAGAGGCGGGGAGAAAACGUAUUGCCGGUUCUAGUUCCUCUUUUUCUUGUCCCUGAUUGCGUACUAGGUGUUGUGCAGGUUGAUGCGAGGAUACCCUCUCCUCCCUCAUUAUUUUUCUAAUUGGACAAACUUUCGAAACACGUUGCGUUGAUAAUAUAAUCUCUGCAAGAUCACUUAUUCGCGCGCGUUCAAAAACGAGAAGCCACAAGAUCCGGUGACUUCAAUAAUAUCAUUCUGUGCAUGAUUCAUUCUUGUAAUUGAAUUGUAUGCUUGACUCAGCCCCAACAAGCUUGCGGAUUUUUUGGACAAAUUAAAGAAUGUCUCUUAGUAAAAAUAUGCGUCUAAAUACGUCAAGUGUGGAAACAUUCGCAACGGGGAUUACUUCUUGUUCUGCGUUCUCUUUCCAGAUUAAAUAUCGAAUCGCAAAAUGGUGUCGAGGCGGAAAAUACUCUCACGCUCGCGAGACAAUCUCGUGGAGUCGCAAUACGAGGAGCAGGAGGAGGAAGACGUGUGGUAUAAUCUGGAUAAAUUGUACAAGGAUCAUAUACAAGAGGUCUUAGAUAAGUGGAAUCAAAUAGAUGACGAAAUUUGGGCGAAAGUUAUCGUGUUCGAGAGAAACAGACGGGUUGCGAAAGCGUACGCCAGGGCGCCCGUUCUCACGAUAAACGGCUCGAAUGACGGAUUCGACGGGUUCAGGAUAGGACUCUGCGGAUUCGACAAUCCCAUGCGGGACCCGAAGACCGAGGAGGCCAAACGGCACAUAAAUCAAGGCGUCAAGAUAAAGAUGGACGAGCAGGGCAACAUACUCAUUAAGAGAUUGUGUAAGAAUAACGUGUACGUCAAGUCGACGAAUCAGGAGGACAAUGCGAUCGGCCCGGAGAUCAUACGCAACUCGCAAGGCGCGCUCGAGCACGAGAAACCCGGAAAGCUGUUCGACAUGAACAAGUUCCAAACGAAUCUAUCGCGGGAAACGCGGCGGGCCUAUCCGGAUAGGCGACGAUUGGAGAUGCAAUGCCUGAGCGCUAUCAUAUUCGUGAGAACGGAGGCCGACUUGCUGCAGUGCCCCGUGUGGGUGCUCAUCGUCAACGUGGUCGGCCUGGACAUGCUCAAGUCGAAGCUCCCGCCAGUUCUAGCAUUACAAAGGCCGGUCGACAUAAAGAAUAGACCUAGAAUACCAAUUCCCGACGAAGACCCUUACAGCGUGGCCGGCGUGUCGUCGUCCGUAGGCCCUAGCGAAAUAAUGCCGGCGGACAGAGACUCGCGCGAGCAGAUCUACAUGCAGUCGACGAGCUACCAGCAUCGACGCGCCGAGAGACCGCCAAAACUGCCGCCCAGAGAAAACCUCUAUGGUCAUGGAAUUCCCAAGCCUGAUUACGAUGACAUAGAAGACGAUUAUGGCAGAGCGAUGAAACACCCCAUGAUGAUGAACGAGGAGAAGCGAAGUAAACACGAUGACAGAAAGAAAUACGAUGAUCCGUAUUACUGCGGUUUGCGAGCACGCGUGCCUAAUUUCGUGAAAAUGGCGAGAAACGGCCACAGUAAGGUGGGUCCUCCUCCUCCGCGAGGAUAUCCUAGGACACAGCCGGCGCCAUCCUACGCGGGCGCUGUUUAUGCUAGUAGUCAAUCCUCUCAAAUAUAUGGGCACCUACCCGCCCAUCGACCGCCGCCCAUUAUAUAUCAUGCCAGAAGCUUCGAAAGCGGACUUGAUUCGGACAAUAGGAACGAGUCACCGUAUAACCAUAUAUACGGAAGAUUACCGAUUCCGACGAGAGGCGUAAUACAUCCGAUCCCGCAAGCUAUGUAUAUUGGAGAGUGGGAUUAGAUAUAUAAGAAAUAUCUUCCGAUGUUUGUACCUAUAAACUCUGUAUAUUGUUAAUAUACCACAUAAAUACUCAUAUUUUUAUGCUA